CCUCCAGAUGGGAGCUGCUCUCCUAGGGGCGCUGGGUGGCUGUGCUUCGAAUCAGCCUGGCAGUUAGGCGGUCGGCGCUGCACGGAGCUGAGUCUGCUUUGUCUUGGUCCCGGGAACAGUCGCCGCGACAUCCGGACGAGCCCGCCCCGGUCCCUUUGGCGUACUCCGCCUUAAGAAGCGAGUCCAGGAAAAGGCCCGCCUUUACAGCCCUUCCGUCGGGCCCGACAGCAGCGAAGAGAGCGGCGAAGCCUUGUCAGGAGCGGUGAUGAUCUCGUGCGUUGUUCUGGCGGCAGUUUGUGCCAUCCUGGUGAAUGGGGAAGGGACUGGCAUACUCCAGAAUGAAACUCCCAAGAGAGAAAACACAGACGACUUGACAAAUCUAUAUCUCCGCCCAUCUCCAAAAGUUUUGGAACAUAUAGGACAGAAAGAUGUUUUGUUACCCAAAGAAGAUACCUUAAGCAGUCUCCCUCAAGUUGCUUUCAUGUCCAAGCCACAAGAACCUGUGACUCCAAAUAACGGAGGGAAGAAAAGGAGAAAAGGAAAGGGAAAGAAAAGAGAUCCUUGCAUGGGAAAAUACAAGGAUUAUUGUAUUCAUGGAAAAUGCAAAUAUGUUAGGAAACUUAAAUCUCCAUCUUGUAUAUGCCAGGAAGACUACCAUGGGGAGAGGUGUCAUGCUCUUAGCCUACCAGUGGAAAAAGUCGAUGAUGGUUACGAUCGUACAACUAUCCUGGCAGUUACAGCAGUGAUUCUGUCAUCCCUGUGUCUUAUCAUCAUUGCAGUAUUAUUGAUGCUGAGAUGUCACAAACAAGGAGUAUAUGAUGUAGAGAAUGAAGAGAAGGUUAAAUUGGGCAUCACUGUCAAUCAAUGAAUUGUCCAAGAACUGCAAGGUUUAAGCAGUGAAACAAGUUCUACACUCACAAUUGAAUGGAUAAUACUCUUCCUAGGACACGCUUAAAGAGGAAAUUGUAUGAAUGAGAACAACUUUGUUUUCGAGGAGAUAAUGCUUUGUUAAAGAAGCAAAUCAUAUCUCUAAAUUGAAAGAAUUCUCUUGAGAGACAGAACCACAUUUAUUCGCAGAGGACUUGUUCACAAUGUGAAGCUACAACCGGAGAAGAUUUUAAAUUUGUCUUCUUACCAGUGGAAAAUGACUUUGGCGUGAACCAAGCAAACAAUGAACCAGGCAACUGGAUUCUUUACAAAACUGUUGCUGAAUAAUGCUCUGAAAAACUGUGAAACACUCUCCUGAAGAGAUCUACUUCUUGAACUUUUAUUUAAUCCAAAAAAAUAUUUAACAAGAUGCUUCAUUUUAAGUUAUAUAUUUAUUUUAGAUACAGUGUAUAUGUUAUUUAUUUAAGACUUAAUCCUGUAGUCCUGAAAUCAACAGGAAAGACAGGAGUAUUGCGCAGUGUACCAUUCUAAUAAAUAAUCUUUCUUAUGCUUGCUGGCACUUGAAUCCUGAUUUAGAGAUUAAAAGUGAAAAGCAAUUAUUUUUACUGAUACAAUCUUAUAAUAUCUAACAAUUGCCAAAAUAUAUGCAGUCGGGGCUAAAAUUCUUAUAGCAAAUCUUUGAUUCUUUAGUAAAUUUGGCAUUCUGAAAACCUCAGAAUAUUUCCUCUAGAGCAGUUUUUAAAAUGUUAUCUAAUUUUGUCUCUAUUGCAGUUGUAUUAUUUAUGGUUUGACAAUGUUGAAUUCUGCAUAGUGCUUUUUCUAAAGACAUUUUAGGUCAGCAUGCAAAGCAUUUGAACCUCAAAGCAGAUGUUUUGCUUUCUUAUGUUUUUAUAUGCUGUUGUGUGUUUUUGUUAGCCACCAAGACUCCUCUGAUUGUGGCAGCAUAUGGAUGGAUGGAUGGAUGGAUGGAUGGAUGGAUAGGAAGGAAGGAAGGAAGGAAGGAAGCAAGCAAGCAAGCAAGCAAGCAAGCAAGCAAGCAAGCUAGACAUUCUGGAAGUGUUCAAAACAUCUCUGUGCUGAGCUUGGAGCAGGUGCUUCAAGUUCCAAAUGAGAGGGAUGGAAACUGAACAUUUCCACAAUCAACCAAAAACUAUAAAUGUGUUAAGCACACCUGUAUUCUUUUGCAAAUGGUAACAAAUACACAUUGCCCAUGGUGGAUUUACUACUAAGGAGAUAAAGCUGAGUUUUGCCCAUUCAUUUCUGACCCCAACUAAGAAUCAAGUAAGUAACAAUAAUGCAGAAGGUAGGGGAGAAGUUUUACUUUAAGCUUCUUUCAGACAUACUUAUUUUGUAUAUUGCUGAAAGUUGUACUUUGGGGUGGAAUUUUUUUGCAUGGAUAUAUUCAAUUUAGAUGCAAUAUUAUUAAAUUAGCAAGAGAUUUGCCUUUUAUCUCAUAUAAUCUAAGCAAUGGGUAUCUUACAUGCUAAACUAUAAUUAAGUUAGAUUAGCAUGAAACCACCUGCUGUGAUAUGUAAACCAUUGUAAACUUAUGAGUUAACACCUAGUAUAGUUUUGCUUCUUUUAUGAUGUAUGCUUAAGCUUUAUGCUAAAGCAUUAAACUGAAUGUUUACAUAGCAGAGUGAAACAUUUUUGUAUAAUACAUUUUGUAUAAUGGCACAUUAAAAAGAAAAACUUAAAUUUAUGUGUAUUCUUUUCCAGAUAACUUAUAGUAGCAGCUGACAGACAGCAGGUAAGGUGGCAGAAGGGUGAAAAGGAAAGAGGAACAUUCUAGAAGGUGGCUUUUAUUUUCCAUUCCUAGGUAGUACAGUGUAGCUUUUCUUUAUUCCUGAACUCCAUCAAAUCUUCUCAACCAAUAGGAAUUAAUCAUCUAAACUCAUUUGAAUUACAUAAUGAAGAGAUUCUCCAAUAUUUUUAUGUAGUUAAUAUUUGAUAGGGUGAUCUCUUUGGGAUAUCACAAAUCUCUGCAUAGUUAUCAUUCUACUAAUCCCAUUCAGCAAAUUAGCAACCUUUGUAGUGUUGCUGUCUUGAUUCCGAGUAAUAACCCCAAAGCAAUCAAAACUCUGAGGCCUAGAGUUUCCUCAAAGCAUAAUUUUAUUUGGCAUAUCAUAUUAGCACAGCAGGUGAAAACCUGACUCUGAAGGACCCAGGUUUUUCGCCACCCAAAUCAAAACCCAAAGUUCUUGCCCCCAGGUCACAUGUCCAUCACAUGGUCCAAUCGGGUCGCAAUCCCAACUCCAGCUGGCUCUGGUCCAUACCCUUUCAACACCUGGUAGAGCGUGCUUGGCUCCCACGAGAAAGAAUGCUAUUUUGCCUAUACAUCCCCCAGCUAUCUCUACCUCGCCCCUCACAUUGUGACAGCUCCACCCAGCCUUGCUGUGGCAGGCCUGAAAAUGCUCCCAAAAUGGCUUCAAGGCUGACAGUUGCCUUAACUAAAUCCAUUACUAACAUGGCUCGAUAUUCUUUCUCCAUAUAUAUCAGUUCCAGAGUGUAGAAGCCCAGCUGUGCCCCCUUUUUUUCUUGUAGGUGUUCAAAUCUUUUCAGUUGGCAGGAUCAUUAUCCUGUUGAAUAUUCUUCAUCUAGGAUGCGUUUGUUCUCUUCUGUUCUUCAAAGAGAGUCACUCUGGAUCCUGUUGACAAAUGUCUGUAAGCUAGGAAGUCAUUGGGGUGACAGCAUAACACACAGGCUAAAUGCAAAUAGCAAUAGCAUUUAGAUUUAUAUACUGCAGUUUACAGAG